AUGACAGAGAAGAUGGUUGGUAGUGGUACUGCUGGUGUUGUUGUUGUUGUUUUUGUUAUUGUUGUUGUUUUGUUGCCGUUGUCGUUGCUGUCGUUGUCGGAUGGAGCGUUGAUCAUGGUGAUGUCGUCGGUAAUGAUGAUAGCGGUCCUGGUGCUUGCAGUGACAAUGGUGACGGGUACUGAUGCUGGUGAAACCGUUGCUCGACUUCGGAAGAUUGGGUUGCUCAAAGUAGGGAAAAACGAAGUGAGGGGGAGGGAGGGGCUUGACGUGGAGCUGCAUAGGAUAGGAUAA